ACAUACUACCUGGGACCUCCUAUUUAUCGUAUCUUCAUCAUUGUAGAGAGAGAGAGUGUGUGUGUGAGAGUGAGUGAGUGAUUGAUUGAUGAAGAUACCUUAUUGUAUCCAAUUAUUCAUCAUCAUCUCCAUAGCAGUUUUCAUAUAUGUAUAUUCAAGAAACCAACAUCUUAAUUUCGGCUGCCGGAAAACCAAUCUCCGAUCACGCUCAACCAUCGACACUCCGGUCCACAAUUCCGACCACCACUUCACAGACACCCCACUUCACCCACUCGACCCGUUAACCAUACCCGAAAUCAACAAGAUCCGAUCCAUUCUCUCGGCAUACGAACCCUUUUCAUCGUCCUUCCCCUCCAUCAACACUCUCUCGUUAGACGAACCCGACAAAUGUCAAGUACUCGCUUGGAAACCAGGCGACCCACUUCCGCCCCGAAGAGCAUCGGUCAUAUCGUUUUUAGAUGGGCAAACGCAUCUUCUAACCGUUGAUUUGGACCUCGCUGUUGUUACAGGCGAUGUUGUUAACGUCGGGUCAGGUUACCCGAUGUUAACAACUGAGGACCUCACAACGGCUUUAGAGGUCCUUUUAACAAACUUGGACUUUAACAAGUCCAUUUUGGCUAGAGGGGUGGACUUUAACGAUUUGGUAUGCAUCCCACCUUCAUCGGGCUGGUUUGGCCCGGAUGAGGAUGGAAAAAGAAUCGUUAAAGUCCAGUGUUUUUCUAGCCAAAACACUCCUAACUAUUACAUGAGGCCCAUAGAAGGGCUCAGAGUAACCGUGGAUGUAGACAAACGAGAGAUCGUCAAAAUAACUGACACUGGUCGAGACAUUCCUAUACCAGAAGGAACUAAUACUGAUUACCGGUACACGACAAGAAGCCCGUUUUCGGAUAUGACCCCGGAAACUAACCCUAUGUCUAUGGAACAACCCAAAGGGCCCAGUUUCACUGUAGAAAAUGGGCAUACAGUGAAAUGGGCCAAUUGGGUUUUUCACAUAAAGCCUGAUAUACGGGCGGGGAUAAUAAUAUCCCAGGCCAUGAUUCGGGCUGAGAACGGGGAGUAUAGAAGUGUGAUGUACAAAGGGUUUGCGUCAGAACUUUAUGUACCGUAUAUGGACCCGGAUCAAGGUUGGUACUAUAAGUCGUAUAUGGAUGCAGGUGAAUUCGGGCUCGGUGCAACCGCUAUGCCCCUUGUGGAACUGAAUGAUUGCCCAAGAUACUCGUAUUAUAUGGACGGGGUGUUUGCGAGCGCCGAUGGUCGACCGUUCAUUCAGCCCAAUAUCAUUUGUAUAUUUGAACGUUUCACCGGAGAUAUUGGUUGGAGGCAUUCAGAAAUUCCGGCAAUGGGUUUCGAUAUAAGAGAAUCAAGGCCAAAGACGACACUAGUUGCUCGAAUGGUUGCAUCCGUUGGAAAUUACGAUUAUAUUUUUGAUUGGGAAUUUCAAACCGAUGGUUUAAUCCGUAUUAAGGUGGGUCUAUCGGGAAUGCUAAUGGUGAAAGCAACUCCAUACGAAAACAUAUACAAUAUCUCCAACACUGACGAUAUGAGCGGGCCACUAGUCUCAGAAAACGUCAUCGGUGUUGUUCAUGACCACUUCAUCUCAUUUCACCUUGAUAUGGACAUCGACGGCCCGAACAAUUCAUUUGCCGAGGUCAAUUUGGUCAAAGAAGAAACGCGACCGGGUCAAUCUCCUAGAAAAAGUUACUUAAAAGCGAUUAGAAAAGUGGCAAAGACCGAAGACGAUGCGAAGAUCAAGCUUAAACUAUAUGACCCAUCUGAGUUUCAUGUUUUUAACCCGGCCAAGAGGUCAAGACUGGGUAAUCCGACUGGUUACAAGAUCGUGCCUGGUGGGACUGCGGCUAGCUUGCUUGAUCUUGAUGAUCCACCGCAAAUUCGGGCCGCAUUUUCGAAUAAUCAGAUUUGGGUGACUCCACAUAAUAAAAGUGAAGAAUGGGCUGGUGGGCUUUUGGUGUCUCAAAGUAAAGGAGAUGAUACACUUGCUGUAUGGUCUGCUAGGAAUCGUGAGAUCGAGAACAAGGACAUAGUGUUAUGGUAUACAUUGGGCUUUCAUCAUAUACCAUGCCAAGAGGAUUUCCCGGUAAUGCCGACAGUUUCUUCGAGUUUUGAAUUGAAACCCGUAAAUUUCUUCGAUCGAAAUCCCAUUCUUAAUGCAAAACCGAUCUUUCAAAAGGAUCUACCCGUGUGUUCUGCUACUAGCUCGUAUUGAUGCAUGUCGGACUUUUUGAUUCAGAAUUCCACACUUAGUUUAUCCUUGAAGUUCAUUUAGAAAAUAUAUGUUUCAAUUAUGUAUCAUUCGCUAUAGAUUAACGUGUUAAAUCAAAAGUUUGAAUUUAAAUAUCCUUUGAUA